AUGCUGAAGUCCCUGACCGUUUCUCAGAUUCCAUCGGCCACUCUCGCGGUUCGCGGAUCCUUCUCAGGCUCAUUCGACAAAUCGCCUUCAGGUUUUCAUUCCCCUCCUCGUCCGUACGCGUUAAGAUCGACCUCGUCAAGCGACACAGCCACUCAGUUAGCAUCGCGAUUUCUCCCGUCAGCAGUUAACUUCCAGAUUCGCCCGCGAUCAGCGGCGAGCGUUAAUCGGCGAUCGGCAGUCGUCAUGGCGGCUUCGGGUGCCUCGGACGGUAGCGACAUCUUCAAGCGAAGCAUCAACCUCAUGAUCGUCUCUGAUCUCGACAACACCAUGGUGGACCACAAGGACCCCAACCACGAGUCGCUGCGCGAGUUCGCGUCUCUCUGGCAGUCCACGUUCGCGCGGGACUCGCUGCUCGUCUACUCCACUGGCCGCUCGCCCACCCUCUACACCCAGCUGAAGAAUCAAGUGCCGCUGCUCACGCCUGACAUUGUGAUCAUGUCAGUGGGUACGGAGAUCACCUAUGGCGCGUCCAUGCAGCCGGACAAGGGGUGGGAGGAGUAUCUGGACGAUGGGUGGGACAGAGAGGCUGUGGUCGAUGUCGCCAAGGCUUUCCACAGCUGCGGUUCCAGGACAGGGAUGGCAGGGGUGAAUGGCGCUGAGGUUGUGAGGGAGAUAGCCUAUGACGCGUCCAUGCAGCUGGACAAGGGUGGGAGGAGCACCUGGACGAUGGGUGUGACAGGGAUGCGGUCGUGGAGCAAGCCAAUGAAACCUCACUUGGCUUCUGUCAGGUUUAAAGCUGACUGCUCUCCUGACUGCUCUCCUGACUGCUUAAAGUCAAGUUUUUAUACUCCCGUGUCUCCCACUGCUCUCUUACCUGCCACAGGUGGACUCGGAGCAGCAGCCGCACAAGGUCAGCUUCCAUUCAGGUUGAGCAAGCUUUAUUCAGUAUUCCUACCUACCCCACUUCUCCCACUGCUCUCUUACCUGUCACAGGUGGAAUCAGAGCAGCGGCCCCACAAGGUGAGCUUUCACCUGGAGAAGGACAAGGCAGGCAACGUGGUGGAGGAGCUCAGAAGGAAGCUGGCGCAGCGAGGGCUCAAGGCGAAGGUGAUAUACAGCGGGGGGUACGAUUUGGACAUUCUCCCUGAGCGAGCGGGCAAGGGGCAGGCCAUGGCUUACCUGCUGCGGCAGUUCAGGGAGCAGAGCGGCAGCGCUCCCAAGCACACGCUGGCGUGUGGUGACUCGGGCAAUGAUGCAGAGCUGUUUGAAGUGGAGGGAGCCUACGGCGUGAUUGUAUCCAACGCAAUGGAGGAGCUGGUGGAGUGGCACAGGGCGCACCACAGCACGGACCACGUGUUCCGAGCCAGCAAGCGGUGUGCGGGAGGCAUUAUAGAAGCCAUUAAUCAUUUCAAGUUUGGUCCUCAGUAA